GGCCGAGCUGCAUGUAUGCGAAGGGCGUCCCGCUGCUGCCCAGGCUGCCGAGUGCCCUCUGCGCGGUCCCAGCUCGUCAUGGGCAGCCCGCGGGCUGUGCUGCACCGCUGCUGGCUGCCGUCCCUGCUGCUGCCCGCGCUGCUGGCCCCCGGCCCGGCCGGCGCCGCGGCCCCGCCGCCCGUGCACUGCGCGCCCUGCACCGCCGAGAAGCUCGCCCUGUGCCCGCCCGUCCGGCCCGGCUGCACCGAGACGGCGCGGCAGCCCGGCUGCGGCUGCUGCCAGACCUGCGCCCUCGGAGCGGGGCAGCCCUGCGGCGUCUACACAGCGCGAUGCCGGCACGGGCUCCGCUGCCACGUCCCGGCCGGAGAGCCCCGGCCGCUCUCAGCUCUCAUCCACGGCCACGGGACGUGCCUGCCCGCCAGCGAGGCCGCGGGGACGAGCACGGCGGACACAGCAGACUCUAUCGAACCUGAUGAUAUGCCUUUGGAAAGCACUGAAAUGACACAGGAUCAGCUGCUGAACUACCAGCUGAUGUUUCCCAUCGGCCAGGACAGAUCCAUCCCCUGGAAUGCCAUCACUGCAUACGAAAACAUGAAAGCAAAGAGAAUAUCUGAACUCAAGAAAUGGAAAGAGCAGGGCCCCUGUCAGAAGGAGCUCUACAGAGCCCUGUAUAAAUUGGCAAAGGCUCAGCAGAGGAGCGGAGGGGAGAUUUACAAAUUCUACUUGCCCAACUGCAACAAGAAUGGGUUUUACCACAGCAAACAGUGUGAAACUUCACUGGAUGGAGAGUCUGCUGGAUGCUGGUGUGUCUAUCCGAAAACUGGAAGAAGAAUUCCUGGAUCUCCAGAAAUGAGAGGAGACCCCGAAUGCCAGCAGUAUCUCAACUCGCAGGAAUAAAUCUAACCACGUUCAUCCACACCAGGUUUUCUGUGGGGCCUGAUCUGGUCCGGAGACAUUUCAGUCAGGAGCUGUUUCAAUAAGGCAAUUCUAUGCACCUGAAUUUCAGCAUAUGAGUAACCCCAUAAAGUAGCUUUUUUUACUGCACUGGAAUUACUCAGAUGCUCGAGUGACAGAUACGAGCAACUGCAAGAUCAAGUCCUAUAAUCUUGUAUAUUUUGUUUGUAUAAUAUUAUAGAUACUCAUGUGUAAAGCUGUUGAAUUAUUUAUUUCACAGUGCGUGUAUUUUUGUCUGUGUGUGUUGUUACUAAUUUAUAGCCUCAAACACUUCAUAACUUUAUAUGUAAAUACUUAAUAUUAUUGCUCUUAAAUGUAUGCAUCUCGUGUUGGAGGAAUGUUGCUACUUAAAACUUCAAAUGGCACAACUCUGUUGGGAAAAACAGCUUGUAAACUUGCUUUUUUUUUUUUACUAUGUAUUUAUAGACAUAAAACUGAAUUUAAAAACCUAUCUUUCAGUAGAGAACAUGCUUAGAAACUUAUUUAAAACCUGUUUUGUUUAUGUAUCAUGUUGCUUUUGCACCUCUGUUUCAAUGUCAAGCUGUUUCUUAAAAAAGAAAGUCUAAAACUCGAUUAUAUACUGAAGCUCCUGAUGGGACAGGAUUUGUUUCUAUUUUCCACACAUGUGCACGGGAUAAAUGGCAAAACAUAGCGGGAUCUUCUGUGCCACCUUUGACAGGUGGAAGUUGUUCACGUGUUGACAUUAUCAUGUUAUUUAAGAUGUGCUAUUAAAUAAUGUCUUCUACACUG